CGUGUCGCGCAUUGUAUGCUUUUCCCAAACUAUUGUGUUCCCCCCCCUUGAAUCUUUUCUUUCCUUUACCACCAAUGACAAUGCACGUCUUUGAGGUUUUCCGAGUCACCCCCGCUCCCAACUCGGCCAACUCGCUCGCAAUCCCGUUGACAUUCUUCGAUCUACCAUGGCUAGUGUUCAACCCUGUCAAGCGAGUGUUCUUCUACAAGAUCACCGGAUCGACUCGUGAGCAUUUCCACUCAUUCAUCCUCCCUAAGCUCAAGCUCUCCCUUUCCCUCGUCCUCCGCGACUACCUCCCUCUCACUGGCCGCAUCACCUCGAACCCAAACGAGCCCAAACCAAACAUCAUCGUCUCUCAAGACGACGCCGUUUCGGUUACCGUCGCUGAAACUGACGCUGAUUUCUCUCUUCUUUCCAGCUAUGGACAACGUCCAGCUUCCGAGUUACAUGCUCUGAUACCCGAGUUACCGGUGUCAGAUGACUCAGCGAAGAUCUUAUCUCUUCAAAUCACGUUGUUCCCGGAGGAAGGAUUCUCCAUCGGCGUUGCCGCACAUCACGGCGUUGUAGACGGAAAAAUGUCAACCAUGUUCGUCAAAGCUUGGGCUCAUUUGUGCAAACAAGAGAACAGAGUCGUCGCCCCUCUACCGGAGACUUUAACUCCGUCUCUUGAUCGGUCGUUGAUCAAAGAUACAACAGGACUCGACGAAGAGAUGAUCAACAUCGUGAGAUCUCUGAAACAAGGCAAACUCAUCGGCAGGGGAGGCCUGAGCUCAGCUCCCGCCUCGGAAGGCAGAGUUGACGACGUCGUAUUCGCCACGCUCGUGCUGUCACGAGGUGACGUCGAGAGACUCCGGGAGCGAGUCAAGAACGAGUCACAAGAUCCGAGUCAGCUCCACCUGUCCACUUUCGUCAUCUCCUACGCUUACAUGUGGACAUGCCUCGUGAAGGCGCGUGGAGGAAACAUGGAGAGAUCCGUGAGCUUCCUAUUCGUUGGAGAUUUCAGAGAGCGGCUUGAUCCGCCGCUUCCGGCGACUUACUUCGGGAACUGCAUGUUUCCGGCGGGCAGCUAUGGUAAUACGGCGGCGGAGUUUGCUGGAGAGGGAGGUUUUGUAACGGCGGUGGAGAUACUCAGCGGUAUGGUCAAAGGGUUGAGUUCGAGAAAGAUAGAGACCAUCGCGGAAGAAUUCAAGAUUAGUUUUGACUGCGUGGGUGUGACGUCACAGUUCGGGACGCUAGCCGGGUCGACCCGGUUGGGUGUGUACGACUCGGAUUUCGGGUGGGGAAGACCCGUUAAGGUUGAUGUUGUCUCCAUCGAAGGAAACACAAUCUCAAUGGCAGAGAGACGUGACGAAUCAGGUGGCAUCGAACUGGGACUGUGCAUGAAGAAGGCUGACUUGGACAUCGUCCUUGCUUUGUUCAACAAUGGGUUACAAAACUAAACUCUGUUUUGUUUCCUACAAUUUUUCAAUAAAAGUUAAGCUCAUUGAGUUGUUA